CCGGAGUCGGGCCGAGCCGCCGCGGGAGCUGCUGCUGGAGCCGGCGCCCGCCAUGGGCGUGGGCUAUGGGGGGAUGCGCUGCAUCAAGAUCCUGCUCUUCAUCUUCAACCUGACCUUCUGGCUGGCUGGACUGGCUGUCGUUGCCUUUGGGCUGUGGCUGCGGUUUGGUGGGCCCAUGGCAGAGUUUGCUACAGACAAAAAAUCCCCGGAGCUUUUCUUCAUGGGACUCUAUGUACUGGUGGGAGCAGGGGCCAUCAUGUCAGCAGUUGGAUUUUUCGGGUGCUGUGGAGCAGCACGGGAGUCCCAGUGCUUAAUUGGAACAUUCUUUGCUUGCCUGUUGGUGAUAUUUGCAGGUGAGGUCACUGCUGGAGUCUUUGCCUUCAUAGGCAAGAAAGUGGCAAUACAGGAAGCCCAGAAAAUCUACGAAGAUGCUUAUGAGGACUACAUGAAAAACCCAGUGGGGAAGGUCAACAGUACCAUCUACCGCUUCCACGUGGCUCUCCAGUGCUGUGGUAAAGGUAAUGUGGAACAAACAGGAUUACCCUGUCCAGAGAACAUCCAGCUGCCAAAGAACUGCCUGGUUGAAAUUCAGAAUGUAAUUGAUACUCAUCUGCACUUAGUUGGAAUUGUUGGAAUUGCAAUUGCUAGCAUCACAUGUGUCUUCUCCCUGGGAACUGGCCCCAUCAGUGCAAGCAGAGCUGUGUGACUGCGCUUUUCAAGUUCGUUUUGUGUCCUUAGACAGGGUCCAAAGUAAUAGUAAUCUUCUUUUGUUGUAAGAGUAGGAGAGCAGAGUGCACAUGAACCAAACUGAAAAGCAAAAGGCUGUAGCAGUACUUAAUGUAUGCCAAAAGAACGGCAGUCUGAUGCUUUAAAUCCUUUAGGAUGCAUUCCUUAGCUUCCAUGAGGAAUGGAGAGUACCCACUAGAGCUGUGACCAAUAGAUGUCACCCUGUCCCAAGGACACGGCAGCACCAGCAGCCUGGGGCUCACCGGGCUUUAGCACAAAGCUUUUUCCAGCACUCUCAGACUCAGACACCAGCAGCAUGAGGAUAUUAGUAAAGAAACGCUCCUUUAGCUGUUGGGAAGAGCAGCAUGUUCACAGAUUUAUGUGGACACUGAAAAGCAGCUGAAGGGUUUCUGCAGGUAAUAGAAACCAUGGUGUGCAUAUUAAACAGUCCUGGGCUUUGUAUGAAACAUGAAGGGACUCAAAAAUACAGCCAGGCAGCAGAGGUGGACAGAGAUCAAUAGCAUCAAGGACACACCAGAACGGGGAUCAUCUCCCCUGGAUCCCCACCUCAGACACAGCAAAGGUCCUGAAGUGACCACAAGCUCUUCAGCAAGAGAGAUGCACCUGCACCUUUUUCUGUGCCUGUUUGUGCCGCUUGCUGGGCUGUGGGACUCAGCUGUGCCCGUCCCUAGGGAGAUGUGUGGGGAGGGGACAUGAACCCAGGGCUUUAAGUGCCCAUCUCCCACCCGGAGCACUGCAGCCUCUGGAGGCAGCUGCUUUGGAGAGCUGACGUGUGGCACGGAGGCAGAGCCUCUGGCAACACCCACUGUUCUCUGCUUCUGUCAUUCCCUCUAGUGAGCAAGUUCCCUGACACGAGUGGAGGUUUGGAUUUAAUGUGUAGCCUUGCUCUUGAGCACAGGAACCGUUCAGAGCUCAGCACCAGCUCCAGGGGCUCUGGAAUCACCCUCUGCUCGUACUCCAAUGUGUGUCAUAUUCCACGUAGAAGCACUCUGAAACUCAGAACGCUCCGGUGCAAUACCAGGAUACUGCCAAUAGUCAGUUAUUGGGUGACUUAAAUUGAUGUUAAUGACAUUAAUGUUUGGGGCAGCUGUGCUUGCCUGGACAUUUAGAACAAAGAACCGUGAAACCAGUGUGAGCUGAUAAAAUCAGUGAAACUUCUUCCGUGUUUGCUGUCUGAUGUUUUGGGGUUUGUAGGUGGAGGCAGUCACUGCUCUGCCAUAGGGACCUUCAGAUUGUCUGUUAUGCAAAUUGUUUUAUAACUGUUUUGUAAGUGGAUCCCUAAAUCACAUCCCUUCUCUUCUAGAUCUUUGGCAUGAUAUUCAGCAUGGUUCUGUGCUGUACGAUCCGUAACAUGAGAGAAAUGAUCUAAAACUGUCACUGCACAACUAUGCCCCAGGAGUUCCAGACUAAGCUUACAAGAAGUGCUCUUCUACCCAAUUUAAUAAUUGUAAUGCAUCUUAAUCAGUGUUUUAACAUACUGAGAGGAAAAUAUCCCAUUAGGUGAUCAGGUGAAUUGUAUUAGUUACAGUAAAACUAAAGUGAACAAAAAAAAGGGGUUUAAAAUGUCCUUUUUAAUGAAAAAAAAAAAAGCAAAGGUGCAUCUAAGACUAAUUUGAUUUUUAAUGUUUGUAUAUGUGCAGUUAAGGGUUUACACAUGUAUAGACUUUGUGUAAGCACAUGUAUCUCUCUCCUUCCAAACACAUCUGGAUGUGAGCAGGUCCCUGGAUGUGCAGCACCUGUCUAGGUAAAUAUCUGCAGGUGGAACAUGUUGUGUGUGCAUCCAGAGUGUCCCCGUGCAGGAUGUGCACACCCCACAGGGACACAGUGCUCCGAAACCCCUCACACUGAGCCCCUGUUUGCCAAGAAUUAGCAGAGGGAGAAGAAAUGCCGUUGUGAAAAGUAAGACCUGUGAUCCAUUUAGUAACUUUAUUUUCCAACACCCAAACAGAGUAGAACUAAUAAAAUUGGACUUUAUUUUAAAAAAUAAUUAAUGCCUAAGGGCCUGCUCCAGCAAACUUGAAUUCAUGUGAGUAGACCUACUGACUUCAUUUUUAUACAGAGACUGGGUAUUUAUUUUUUGUAGGACUGGACCCUUCAUGCAAAUGCAGAAAGCUCUGGGGGAGAAAACACAUCCAGGGAGAUCCAGGCUAAAGGAAGAGGGGGGGAAAGAGGUGGGAAGCUGGCAAGACCAGUCAUUUGGGACUAAUUGCAGUGCAAAGUGCUCUUAAGCUUCCCAAGCUAGGCUGAGAUACACCAAAAACCCAACCGUGAGUUCAAGGGGCCACUAAAAUCCACAUUCAGCAGCCCCUUUGCCCCAAAAGCCUCGCUGUGGCUACAGACUGUGCAGGAGUGGAGCCUAGGUCCAGAACAGCAGCCCCUUUGUCACAUCUCUGGAGAAUCCAACUGGCCUGUGGAAGCCAAACAAAGAGUGAAAGCGGUCAGAAAAAGACACACAGCACUUUAAUAUCCUCAGUUUCUGCUUCUGUGACUAUCACAGCUUCCACGGGGCUCUUACCUCAACCUCUCGCCCCUUCCUGGGGGCGGAAGGCAGGAAGGAAAGAUGGGACAUUUUUACAGAGCCAUGAAGUAAGUUUUCUUACUGGCACCUUUAGAUUGCAUGUCAGGUAUAAAAAUUACACUGUGUGCUUGAAAUACCUCAGGGCUUGCGUUUACAUAGUUUGUUUCUAUAUUUUAUUUUUUCUAUUUGUCAUAUUUAUUCAUAAAAGAAUGUUCCUUUUGAACCAACCUAGAAGGGAGAAAGGCUGUCCCCAGAAAAGUAAAUUGCAUCAAAAGCCCAGGAUCUCCUAAUUUUUGGCUUACUUGAGAUAACUCACGGUUUCAGAGAACAGCUUUUUGCUAACUAUGCCCCCAUAGCAGCAGAUCUGGUGAUCACUAGUUCAGAUUCCUGAUGCAGUUGUUCCACACAUGAUGGGGAGAAGUUCAGUUAAGCUACACAUUCCAACAGACCAUUGUCCAAGAGGCCUUGGAAUUUACAAGUCAUGGGGUCCUUGUUCCAUGAAACACAGUGGCACAAAAUGGGAUUUCAGGAAAUAUGUGUAUUCUAGUGCACGUUUGUGUGAGAUACACCACCUUUUAUCUAUUAUUUAUUUUUUUAUCUCUUAUUCCUCAAAGAAACUCAAACUUCCAACAGUUUUCUGUUACUUCAGGACUUGGGGUAGUGCUGCUGCUGCAAGUCUCUGGUUUAGUUGACACAUCUUGCUGCCUUUUACAUGGAUUUCCCUUUUCCAAUUGUCCAGCCACGAGCUGUGGCACUGCACUAAGGGCUGGGCACUGCUGGGCAGGCACUGCUGACUGAGCUGUGUCCAGGCUGAGCUUUAGGCUGGCAGGGACACAUGAGAUCACACAUCAGAAAAGAGUCAGGCUUGUCUCACUCCGUCAUAGCUGAUUAGCAAAGGAUUUUAAUUAAAAACAGGGCCUGGGACCUCAUUCUGCAGGAACCAGAACAGGAAACAGGGCCCUGAUCUGCUGCUUGCUCCUGAAACGGGCUCAGCAGUGGCAGCAAAUCAUGAGGCUCUCAAGCUGAAACUUAGAAAUCAGUUUAAGACAGCAGCCAGCAAAGCAAUUUCCUGGCUCCCAGGUGCACCUCACUGUCACUACAACGGUUGUGCUCUGAAGAGAUGACGGGGUAGUGCCCAGCUGGGGUGUGUUGUCCCAAGGUAGUACUGGCAGAAAGAAGAAACGCUUGUAGAUCGUCAUUUUUGCCACUCAGGGCAAGCCAGUUUUCCAAGAAAAUCAGUAAAAAUAGCAUCACAGCCAGUGCUUCAGGUUCCAGGAUUGUUGCCUUACAGGGAAAGAAACUGAUUGCAAAUAAAGCAAUUUCCUUGUGUUACGUUCCCCUUCAUAAUGACAGUAUUCUAGUCAUUUUAAACACAUCUUCACAUUAUUGGGUUUCAUUCCUCAAAUUCGUAGCACCAGAAUGUAAUGACAGGACCAGAAUUUAUCUCUUUAUUUAUUAUUGCUUGAGUAAGUUGGAAGAUGCCCACUCCUGCUUUGAGAUGCACUGAAAGCCAAGGCAGCUUGCAGAACCUGCUGUUGCUUCCCCAGCCCUUCACUCCCCCAGAAGUACAAAACCACCCCAGUGCCUUAGGAAAACGGGAAAAAGUGGUAGGAAAAAACCUUCUGUAAAUUCAGACUCGAGCCACCAAACUUUCUGCUGAAGUGUUUUGGGUUUGUGAUUUAUUUUUUUUUUCUUCCUCUAAAGAGGGCAUUAAUUUUCUGAGCGUUCCUGCAUAAGCUCCAGGGUUACUGUUAUUUAGGUCUAGGGGAUACUUGCACUGCAUACCAGGAACAGGAAAAUACCUGUUACUGGUUUAGUUCUCUAAGUUAUUGGUAUAAAUUAAGCUGGAAAUCAACUUGUUAUUCAUGUACUAGUGCCUUUAACAGAAUCCAGGGAUAAAGGUCUUUUGUAGUUUCCUGCUGUUGUGAGGUGCUUAAUAUAAUUGCAGUUUUCUCUGCAUCUUAGUAACUGGAGGUAUUUUUUGAGAGUUACUGCCACAUAAGGCAGCAAAAAUACCCAUUUAUACCGUCCUUUGCACCUGUGUCAGAGGAAAGUGACAAAAGAUCAGAUCCCUCCAGGUGAUAUAAUUCUGAAAGCACAUCACACACAUUUUCUUGUUCUCCUGUCAAACAGUUUGUUCUAAAGCAUAAAGAUGUAAGUUGCUGAUGCCCUUAUUGUGUCUCUAAACAUCCUUAUUCACAUUUCCCUUGUCUAAUUUUUCUAAGUAACUGAUUUCAGUGUGAGCUGCCUUUGUCACAGGGAAACCCCAGCCAGUUUUGGUAUCUCAGAGAUCACACAGCAGCUGGUGAAGCUGAGCCCUGUGACAUCCCUACAGUGAAAAGUCUUGUUUCACUUGUCUUGAUACUGAUAGUUUUAUAACAAAACAUGUUUCAUGUGUCUUGAAAAAGCAACUGAGUUGUCUUAAGCCCUCAAAUGCUGUAUUGUACAGCCUUUGCAGGCUACAGAUUAACAGCAUGAGAUGCUGUUCAUAGAAAAUGUACAUUAAAAAAGCUUUUCAAUCUUUUUCCUCUCUAUUGGUGCUCCAGCCACGAGGUUCUCCAAAACACAAACCACUUCCAGGAUAAUGUGUAAGGUACAGCAUAAAUUCCGAUUUUGUACAGAACUGGUGUUUCGGUUCACGCUGCCAAAUCUGUGGCAGAAUUACCUCUUGCUUUGAAGGCAAACAAACUUAACUCUGUGGCUGAAAUUAGCUUUCACUUCCCUAUCAUGUGUUCCGAAGUGGCGUUUUAUCGGCUUUGUGUCUUGAAAUUUGAAACAACUUCCUAAUAAAAAUAACCUGGAAUAAACGA